UCAAAAACAUUACAUAUUUGUAAAAAACGAACAUGCUCAGGUUUACUAACCUAUUCUAACAAUAUUAACAUUAGUAUGGUAAAUGAACUUAAAAUCUUAGGGUUAGUACUAGACUCUAAAUAUAGCUUUAAGGCCCAUUGUAAGCAUAUUAAGGACUGCCUUGUAACGCGACUAAAUAUAAUCAAAUAUCUAACGUCGAAAAAAAGUUUAAUUCAUCCAUUAACACUUAUCAACGUCACCAAGGCUCUAGUGAUCUCCAAGAUCGACUACGCUCUACCUAUCUACGGCAACUGCCCGGCUUCUACAAUGAAAAUACUCUCCCCCCCUUACCAUGUGGCCAUGCGCAGAAGCAUCAGAGCAUUUCCAACAACACCACUAAAGAACCUCUUUGCUGAAACUGGCCUGCCAACUAUAAUAGACAGAACUAUCGACUGCACCAGACGUUUACUACCAAAGCUUCUGUUCACGACCAACACUAUUCUCGCCAAAGACGCCCAAAAUGCUCUCUCGAGGAAACGGAAACCUAAAUGCUUGUCAGCAAUCGCGCGAUGCGUUAACUUCGCCAGGCAACUUGAGUUACCUUCCUAUAAAUGUUCUCUUGGACCUGAAACUCGUCCACAAUGGAUGAUAAAAAACUCUUCAUUUGCUAUUAAGACCCUGCAAUUGCCGAAGGAUAAGACCUCAAGCGAAAAAUACAGGCAACUCUUCGCUUCGCAGAAGUCAAAAUACUCCAGUUACGGUUGGAACUUUAUAUACACCGACGGCUCAAAAACAGCAAACAGCUCAACGUUCGCAGUCACAAAAGAAAAUGGUGACUUGAUUCGACACGGCACUCUCCACACAAUAUGUUCAUCAUUUACGGCCGAAGUCGUCGCUUUAUUAGAAGCAGUUACUUAUGUAAAUCACACCAGGGGAAAGUAUAUCGUAUGCACCGAUAGCAAAUCUUGCAUCGGAGCCAUAGAAUCGCCGGAAAACACACAAAAUGAAAUAGUCGCCAUACGCAACAAUCUUUUAAAAUAUCCAAACAAACUGAAACUGAUGUGGAUCCCGGGGCACACAGGGAUAUCUGGGAAUGAAAAAGCAGACGCAGCUGCGAAAAAUGCAGCAAAUACGCCAACCAUAACUUUUGGUUAUUUCACAAAACAAGACAUUAUAACUGAGAUUACACGCCUAAGGAAAAAAUCAGCAAAAGAUAAUUGGAGUGGAUAUAUUCAUCACUAUUCGAAAAUCAACCCGUUCAGAAUUAAGCCGACCUACACUGCCGAUAUCACCUUACGCGCCAUCAAGCCCUUUACCCGCUUACGUCUGGGACACACCAUAAUUACACACGCUUAUUUAUUGCAACGUGCCCCUCAUGGAAACUGCCCAUUCUGCGACGAAAACGCAACGAUACAACACAUAUUAACCGCUUGCCCUAUAACUGCAACAAUUAGACAUGAGAUCUUUAAUUCGGCCGAUCCAUUCCAGCUUCUGAAUGAGCCCACCCCCAAAAAUGUGAAUAUGAUUUAUAAUUUUUUUAAGGAAACAGAUCUACUUCGACGAAUAUAAAGAUAAUUAAUUAACUCACUAACCCUACUUCCUAAGUACUAAUCUAUCCUUUCACUUCUGUUUUAAUAUUAAAUUAAACAUACACAUGUAUACAGCAUAACAGACAGCCGAAAGCCUCUGCUGCUAGUGCUGCUAGAUAUUUAUUUGUAGAAUAUUAAGUAUUGUACAAAUAAUUUAUAAAAACAAAAAAAAAAAAAAAUAAAAAAAAAAAAAAAAUUAUCCAUUCCCUCAAUGAUAACCAAUCGGUGAUUAAUAUAGUCGAUCAAAGGAUCAUACUCAACAGCGGCACCAUUAAAUGCCUCUCACGUACUCAGUGAAAACUUACGUCUUCUUUCUGCCUGCCUUUCAGCAUUUAAAAGACGUCGUCAGUCUCUUCCCCAGUCAAUUGCGUGUGACAUUCGGCAUCUAAAACCCGACGUGUCUGAGUCUGUUCCACUGUCUCAGAAGCUCUUUGAGAUGCGUGGCGUUCAGCAUCCAGGGUCUGACGGGCCUGAAUCUGCGUAAACGUCUUAGAGGCCCUUUGAGAUGCGUAGCGCUCAGCAUCUAAGGUCCUACGGGCUUGAGUCUGCGUAUAGGUCUCAGAGGCCCUUUGAGAUGCGUGGCGUUCAGCAUCCAAGGCCCGACGGGCCUGAUUUGCUCUAAGGUCUCAGAAGCUCUUUGAGUCGCAUGACGCUGAGAAUCUAACAUCUGACGCGUCUGAGUUUGCUCUUCAUUUCUAGAUUCUUGGCUUCUAGCAACUUUUUUAGUUCGAGCUCUGCUAGAACUACGACUUAGAUUCGAUUUACGUUUGCGUGGCAAAUCGAAAACAAUAAUUAAAGAUUUUUUAAAUCGGUAGUUUUAAAAUCUACAACGUAAGACAAUUUUUUAUAAAAACUUUGAUAAAGCAAACCUUUUUACUUAAAACUUAAAUAUCUAAAUCAAUCUAUAAGGUAUUGAACUUAAACAGCUAUGCACCUGACAAACCUUUUAUACCUAAAACAACAUCCCGAACUAAAUAACACUUAACCUACACAUUAAUUGAGAAUUAACAAAUGAAAGCGACUGCAAAAAUAAAGAAUAAUACGUAUCUGAGUAAACCUGGAGAUACGAAUGAUUGGUUAAGAAAAUACCUACAUCUAACAGCUACCUUAACUACCUAAUAAUAAAAAUGUAACUAAGUACUAUCUAUCUCCAAACUAAAUUUCAUCAAAAUCCGUUCAGCCGUUUAGGCGUGGAAGAGUAACAGACAGACAGAGUUACUUUCGCAUUUAUAAUAUUAAUGGCUCAGUGAAUAAAGGCGAACUAACGCCUAAGAAAAAGAAAUAAUGCCUAAAAAUUGCAUAUAGGAAUUAGGCGGUUGUUCAUAAUGAAAGAAUGCCUAACAUUUUAGGAAUUUCUUCAUUAAAAUUGUUAGGUGAUUCUUCAUAAUGAAAGAAAACCUAACAAUCAAAAAUGAAUUAGGUAUUUAUACAUUUUUGAUUGUUAAGCUUAGUACGCAGCUCUCAAGAAACGUAAAAACUUCAUAUAAAAAAACGCUUAAGAAACGGUCCAGAAACGUUCCUGCGAUAAAGUUACUUGUGCUAGUACGCAGCUCUCAAGAAAUCUAGUACUAAUGUUUAAUACUUUUUUUCAAUAAAAUGUGAAUAUGGCAAACCUGGUUUUGCGAAGAAACAUCAAAUCAACAAUUGUUUCUUGAGGGAAAUUCGAAGUAAUCGUCAAAUUCAUCCUAAAUUAGUUGAAAUCAUUAUUAUAAAGUAUAUUCCAUUUUGAAAUGUUGUAUAAAACCAACCAAUCAUCAACAACAUUCCUUAAAUCUCAAUGAAAAUAUUUGUGUUACCAUACACAUACAUACAUACAUACAUACGCACAAAGUUUGUUUACUUUGUUUAUUCUCUCUUGCUCUUCUAAUGUGAAUCAUUCACAAUGCGUAACCAGCUGUCAAAAUUACUUGAGAAAUAAUGUAUUUUUUUCUUGAGCAAUUACUUGAGAGCUGCGGACCAACCUUUAGGCUUUCUUUCAUUAAUGUUAGGCGAUUUUUCGUUUUGCUAAAAGUGUGAUUUUUAUUACUAUUAUGCGUGAAUUUGUUGAAGACUAACGGUUGUACUUACGGUUAGACAAAUGCUUUAGCAUUUUGUUAUCAGUUGUCAUUUGGUAAACUUCUAUCACUACGAGCAAGUCAUUCAUAACUGUUGGACAUUGAAAUUUAUAUUAUAAUUAAAAAUGGAUUACGAAAUAAUUUCUGGCAAGAGGAUUAGUUCAAAAUUUGCUUUAUGCAAUAUCAGAAAUGCAAUUGUGUAAAUUUAAAACAUUAAUAAGAAAUAAAAAGUAUUAUGUAUGUAUGUAUAAAUAAAAAAUGCAAGGCAAAGGUUGAAUUAGUGAAUGACGUAUGUCGAAAACCAAAAAAUGUCAUUGAAAAUAAAGUGAGUCGGAAAACCUGGUAAAUGAAUUAAAGUGUGUAAGUAAAAUUAAAAGUGAAUGUUUGAAUUCGUCCUCAGUUUUGAGUGAUAUGAAUGCGCUAAGUACAAUCAAAAGAAGUUUCUACGUUUGUUUGUGCAAGAAACCAAGAGCAAUCUCAACAUUUAGAUUUUCACAAGAUGUAAAGAGACUUACAGUUAUUAGAGCAAAGACAUUUGUGAAAUCUCCGAAGUAGUAGAGGCAUUUCAGUUGGAAUCCAUUUAUACGAACUUUGGUUUAACGAAGCAUGGAGAUCCGAAACAUCAAUUUUUUAUUGCUUGCAUCCAAGGGAAUAACGGUUCAUUUUGCAUAUUUGCUUCAAAGAAAAUUAUGCCAAAAUUUGAAGAAAAUAUUCUUCCUAUGAAUAGGACAUAUAUAGUAGAUGGAACAUUUUCAGUUGUUCCAAAUGGAUGUUUUAAGCAGCUUUUAAUAAUUCAUAUUGAAUACUUCGGAAAGAUCUUUCCAUUCUUUUUUAUACUUAUGGAUAAAAAAUCGCAAAAAAACUAUGAAGAUAUAUUUUCAUACAUUAAUGAAACUGUAUUUGAAUUAAGCGCCAAAAGUUUUCUAACUGAUUUCGAAGUCAGUCUUCAAAUGGCAAUAAGAAAUAAACUCACCGUUGGUGAAAUCUAUAGUUGUUGGUUUCUUUAUUGCCAAGCAAUAAGGAGAAAUAUUUCAUAUGUAUAUGUAUGUAUACAUAUGUAAGUGGAAACAAUUGGCUUCUUCAAUAAGAAACAAUCAAAAUGCCUCUACGAUAUACCAUAAAAUCCUUGCUCUACCUCUGUUACCAGCUACACAAAUAAAUGCGGUUUUUGUGAACAUAAAAGAAGAAUUGAUGAAUACAAAUAUGCAAGAAUUAUUUACACCAUUCAUGAUUUAUUAUGAAAAGCAAUGGUUGCGAAAGGUAAGUUCCCUUUUACAAAAUGUUAAAAUGAAGGUAUUAGUUUUGCCUUUUACAAAAUGCAUACACCACCUUGUAAACAUUCUGUAAAAGGGAAAAUUACAAGAUUUCAAAAUCAUAAAAGCAAGUUGUUGUUGUUUUUUUCAAGGUGACACCCGAAGUAUUUUCGGUUUUCUUAAAAAGAACAUGGACUACAUCAGCUGUCGAGGCCUAUAACGGCGUUAUUGGCCGCAUCAUUCAAAAAAAUUUUUUCAAAUUUGUUAAAGCUCUUAUUGAUGAAGAGUUUAAUACGAGUAGAGAUUUUGAUCUUCUUAUAUGCAGUGGUGGAUCCCAUGGUACUUCAAAAAAAAGAAGACCGUAUAUGAGCAAAAAUCAAGUCAGAUUCAAGAAGCCAGUCAUGAACUCUUGCAGGGAAAGAUUACGCCCAAAGAAUUUUUGCAAAGAAUGGUUUUCAAAAAAAACUAAAAUUUGUGUUGACCUAGAACCAGAUGAGGACAUAUUAGAAUCAAAUGGUCUUCCUUAUGACAGUAAUAACGAGGAUGAUAGGUUGUUAGGUUUUCUUUCAUUAGGGGUUAUUACAUAAUGAAAAAAAACCUAACAAUUUAGAUUUUCUUUCAUUUUUAAAAUUAGGCUUUCCUUCAUUUUUAAAGUUAGACGUUCUUUCACUUUCUUGUUAGGCGUUCUUGUUUAGGCAUUAUUUCAUUUUUAAAAAUUAGGCGUUAGUUCGUUAGGCCUUUAUUCACUGAGCCAAUAUUAAUAUGGAAUAUGGAUAUGGAUUUGCGCGAGUUAAUUUUUACAUUGAGUAAAAAUGAGUCAAAAGAAUAUAUUUUGAGCUGCACCGAAAUGUGUACUCUUUAUUUAUACUCUUAAGACUAACUUAUUACAUCGUUCUUACUUCUAUUUUUACUAACUAGUAUAUUUACUUAUUAUUAAAUAGUUGAUAGUUUGUCUACAUCAAGAUUAAUUAUUUGUUUAGGUUUGUUUACAUAUACAUAUAAAUAUUGUUUGCUUAGAUA